AUUUAAAGUUUAACACAAUUACUGUACUUAUUGUAUUGUGUACAUCUCAGCACAACCCAAAGUUUAUUUUAAAAUAAAAAGGAAGCUUUUAAGAAAGUGAACCCUUCUUAUAUUGUAUAAUUAUAUUCAUCGCUAAAUAACAAAGUUUAUUUCAAAAUUAUAAGAUGAGUGUUGAAACGCCUAGAUUGGGAAGCAUUCUCCCUAUGCCUUUGGAUGAAAAAGACUUGAAAGAAGUUGUAGAAAAAAGUAGAGAUUGGGCAAUAAUGCAUGGAGCUGGAAUGAGAUCAAAAACUAAUUUUUCCAAGGACGCCUUGUAUUUUGCUCCCUUUGUUUUAAUACCCUCUGUAUUUCCAAGACGAGAAUUUUACAAAGCGCUUGAAUUACAGCUUGUUUUAAAUGAAAUGGUUCAUUGGGUUGCCCACAAUCGAAUCUUUUUAACCGAAGUACUUAAAGAAACUAUACAAGUUGAUGAAUUUACUGGGAAUUUAUUUAAAAUCUAUGAAACCGUUCAAGAUGAAGGUAUUACACAGCCUAUUUCAUUGGGAAUAUUACGGUCUGACAUCAUGCUGGAAACGUCGUGUUCGAAUCCAGGAAAAAAUUGUCUCAGACAUCCUCCAUACUGCUGUUGGAAACAGAACUUGUCCCUGGGACUGUUUCGUUCUGAUUAUAUGGUGCACAAUUCCAACAGCAAAAUAAAACAGGUGGAAAUAAACACGAUCGCGUCGAGCUUUGGCGGCAUUAUCACACAUCUAACGAAACUCUAUAGGUAUGUUUUACAAGAACUUGGUCAUCAUGAUUUAGCAGCAAAUUUACCAGAGAACAAUGCUCUGGAAGGUCUUUGUUCUGGAAUGUUAGAAGCUUGGAAAAUGUAUGGAGAUAUAGAAGCAACAAUUCUUUUUAUAGUAGAAGACGUAACUUAUAACAUAUGUGACCAAAGAUUCCACGAAUUCGAAAUAAAACGUUUAAAUCCUUACGUGAAAGUAAUUCGAAAAACAUUAACAGAAAUAGGAAAUGAAGCUACAUUAGGAUCUUCAAAUGAAUUAAUAAUUGAUAAUCGUCCUGUUGCUGUGGUGUAUUUUCGCGCAGGUUACGAACCUAAUCACUAUCAUUCCCAAUUAGAAUGGGAUGCUCGAUUAAUGAUCGAAAGAUCACAAGCGAUUAAAUCCCCAUCUAUUCAUUAUCAUUUAGCUGGGACCAAAAAGGUUCAACAAGCCUUAGCCAAACCGGGUACUCUCGAAAUGUUUUUAUCGGAUUCUGGAAAAAUCGAAGCUGUCAGAGAAAUUUUUACCGGAUUAUACAGCUUAGAUUUAGAUGAGUUUGGUGAUCAAGCGAUUCAAAUGGCACUUGAUCAACCGGAACGUUACGUAUUAAAACCACAACGCGAAGGGGGUGGAAAUAAUAUUUAUGGCGAAGAAAUAAAAGACGCAAUAUUAAAAAUGAAAGAUUCGAAGGAACGUUCAGCUUGGAUUUUAAUGGAACGUAUUCAUCCCCCGAUUUCUUCAGGGUACAUUGUUAGACCUGGAGGUCCUGAAGUUCCUGAAUUGUUGGAUUUAGUUUCGGAAUUAGGGAUAUAUGGCGUUAUUAUUGGGGAUUCAUAUAAAAUUUAUUCAAAUCGCCAAUGUGGUCAUAUGUUAAGAACCAAAACAUCAACAGCUAAUGAAGGUGGUGUAGCGGCUGGAUUAGGAGCUUUAGACAGCCCAUAUUUGGUAGAUUGAGUGAACUGAGGAUGAAUAAAAGAGAUGCAUUUAUAAAAAAAAAUAAUUUUAUACAUAUAAAUUAUUGUAUUGU